AUGGACACGUCAACUGCCGGAUCUAUAACUAUACGAUUUGGCGCUGGUAACGCGCUACAAUCUCUAGGUUCGAUUGAUAUAGAGACCCCGGUUGGCAAUGUACGAUUCUAUAUUAUUGAGGCCAUGACACCAUUUCUAUUCUCUAUCAAAGAUCUCGACCGCCUCAAGGUUUACUACGAUAAUACGAAGGAUCUCCUUAUCUGCAGCGAACCGUACCUGACCGUGCCAAUUGUACGCCGAUUUGGCCAUCCUUUCCUUAUUUGGGACUAUUCACUAGCAAUACAACUACAUAAAACCCUACAACGCGUAGGCUAUGAUACACACCCUAAAGUAAUAGAAGAGAUCAACAAAUUCUGUCACCAUUGCCAAACCCAUAGUAGAUUACUAGGCCGUUUCCACUUCACCCUACAGGACAACAUUGAAUUCAAUCAUUCAAUCAUUGUGGACAUUAUGUAUAUUAAUGGCAAGCCCAUUGAUACAUACCUCAGACCCCUGGAUUUCAUUGUUACCGACGCAGGAAAGAACUUCAUAAGCAAAGAAUUCACACAACUCGCCUCAUCUGUUAGUAUAAUGAUGUUAAUUAGUGCUGUUGAAUGUUAUUAUGCCAUACUACAUCGCUCGUACGAGAUUAUUUCGGAAGAAGUGCCAGAGCUAGCACCCGAAUUAGCACUUCAAAUGGCUGUCAAAGCUGUCAACGAUACCGCAGGCCCAGAUGGUUACAUGCCCACACUUCUUGUAUUUAGAGUGUACCCCCGGAUGACGGAAUACAGUCCUCCUGCACCUAUGGUUGCUCAACGCGCUGCCGCAGUCAAGAAAGCAAUGACUGAAGUACGAAGGCUUCACACUGUACGCCAGAUUAAUAACGCGCUUAACACCUAA